AUGUCACCGAGGACCCCUCCCCCGUCGCCACGGCUGGACUCGCCUCGAUAUGAUGAAUCAAUGCCUUCAGCUGCAGCGACCAAGUUCGCCGGGAAGACGGCCCGUUUCGCCGCAUACAGCGACGCCGACCUCGAACCCAGUGCCGACGUCCACGAGCACGGCUCGCAGGGCCAAGAGGCCGACCACGAGAAGGCCAGCUCGAACACGUACUACGAUGGCGUCAACGCCAAGAGCGCCCGGGCCCACAACGCCAUCCGCAUCUCCAGCCCUCGCGAGCUAGAUUUCUCUGGGGUCCAGGCCGCCGUCUAG